AUGAGCCGGGAGGUUCUGCUGCGAUCUCUGGCAGAGAGUAGGCGGCAGACAACGCUGGCGGAGAAGGCGAAGGACAGGCGGCGGAUAGGGGAGGUGGCAGGAGGGACGGCGGCGGAGUGCGCUGCGAUAUGCUGCUGCUGUCCGUGCAGCGUAAUGAACCUGCUCAUCCUGGCCGUCUACAAGGUCCCCGCCGGUCUGUGCAGGAAGGCCUGGAAACAGAAAAAACGUCAGCGUUUGAUCAAGAAGAAGAAGCCGUCGAAGCAGAUGACGAUGACGACGGGCCUGCUGUCGCACAGGCCCGGGAGUGCCGUUGCUGUCUCCACGCUCGCGGAAUUUGGCGCGGCGGAGAUGAUGAAGAGGCCGAGUGGCGAUGAAGACAAAGAGGAUGAUGAGAAGGGCGAUGGAGCAACGGAGGCCGUCGAUUUGGAAAAGGAAAUGCGGGACCGGUUCUUUGGGGGUGGAUUCUGGAGGAGUCCGUCUCAGAGAGAAACGUCAGGACAGUACGCAUAA